AUGUCUUCUCACAAGACUUUCAGGAUCGAGCAAUUGCUAGCCAAGAAACAAAAGCAAAAUCGGCCCAUUCCCCAGUGGAUUCGGAUGAAAACUGGUGAUAAAAUCAGGUACAACUCCAAGAGGAGACAUUAG